GUUUCCAUAGCUCGGCUUCAACCUCAGGUCCAAGAAAUAAAAGCUCCCAACUCCUCUCCCUCACAGCAUUCGCAAUGGAGCACCCGUCGAGCGCGAAUUGGAAGGCUCACAAGAAGGCCGAAAACCUUUUCAAGCCUCACGAUGUCCUCGAUGACACCGCAAAGGCUGGUGUGAUCGGUGCUCUCAGUGGUCUCUUCCUCUCCUCCGUCAAGAAUGCCAUGGCCAAGAACAAUGUCGGCAUCUUGAGCGUCUUCACCCGAGGUGCUCAUAUUAUCGGUAUUGGAGCCGCCGCUCCCGCCGCAUAUGUCUUCGUCUCACGAAGCUCAAUGAACCUCCGCGAAAAGGACGACGCCUUCUCUGCUGCUCUCGGUGGCUUUGCCCUGGGUUCAGUUCUCGGCCUUCCCACGAGACGAAUGCCCGUUGUUAUGGGACUUGGUGGUGGUCUCGCAAUCUUCCAGGGUAUGUUCCACUACCUCGGCGGCCGAUACGAUAGCUUUAAGAGAGAGGACGACGAAUUCGAGCGCAAGGAGAUCAUCCGACGAAGCACCCGACUGCCAAUUGAGCAGACUAUUUCAGAGAUUGGCGAGGGUCGAGGCAUCCGACCUCCUGGAUAUGAGGAGCGAAGGGCAGAGCGACUUAGUGAGAAGUACGGUGUUGAGAUUAACCCCAUUAAGGCGACUGUCGAGGGUAGCCAAUAAGCACGAAGCGACAAGCGGGCGAAAGGGACGGGAGCGAUUGUACAUAACUCUUCUGGGCGAGGAAGAGAUGCUACACUAGAGAAUUGGAGUUUUGUUUUGUUUCCAUGUGAGGCUCUGAACUGUGCCAACUCACGCUUGGGCAGUCAGUUCUCUCUCAAAAGAUUGCCUGCAUAGCUCUCUAUCAUUGAGGAAAUACCACAUGUUAUUAUAUCAUAAGACACUAGGCUCGUUAUCUACGAAACUUUCUCUGUGUAAAGCAUUGUGGUGCGUGUGAUUUCUUUCAUCUUUUCGCAUACCGUUCUAUGAUGAUACAUCGAGUCAGAGGCUGUUUAUGAUCUUAAUGAUUCCAACGCUCACCAAUAUCUACAUCCUGAGAACCCCCUCAUUUUGUCUUUGUUUACUGCAAGCUCAUUUGGAUGUGUUGCUAACUCAUCCAAGUCUAGUUACUCUGGUUUAUUCCUCUUUCGUGUGUGCCACAAGCAUUGUCUGUCCUAAUUUGACUUUACGGUCAUCUCAUUAUUCACGCCAGUAUAAGCUAGCGACAUCUUCUCCAUUAAAUGCGGAUUAUCUCACGUUCUCAAUGUUAACCUUUUCCGAAUGUAUUCAUCCAUCCUGUGUCUCGUGUGGAUUCCAUUUGCUUUUGCACUUGAUCCUAUUUUUCCAACUCGUCGACUUUCUAGCCUGUGAUUUGCUCUUCCAUUCGUGUUGGACAGACCUCAGACCUUGACCACCUUCAAUCCGACUUGCACAUAACGUGCAAAGACGAAAAACAUGCAACCGGCCAGCAUAGAACAACCACAAAACAACUGCAGGCCGAGAUAGUCACCAUUCUGAGCAGACACGAUGGCUCCAGCGAUGGGGCUUCCUGUCAGAGCACCAAAAGACUGAAUCGCAAACGCAGCGCCAACACGAGUACCAAUCUGGCGAAUAUCGGAGAGCUGUGCGAUGAGAGUCGGGACGAGACUGAUAUAGCCACCCGAUGAGAACCCAAAAAUGACAGCAAAUACAACAAUGCCGGCGGUAUCUUUGACAGGAAUCCAGACACAGAAACAAAAGAGUGCGGAUAUGAAUGUGAUGAUGAUCAUGACGUUGUAUCGACCGAUUUUGUCGGCGAUAAUGCCAGGAAUAAUACGACCAAAGAUACUGUGGUCAAGUCAGUACGUACUGCAAAGCGCCGUCUGGAAGGGCCAUGACUUACCUCACAGCAUUGAGGAUAGGUAGCAGGUAAGGGAUCAAAGUCUCGGACAUGCCCGCAGCCUGAGCCUGGAGGAGGACAUAGUUAAAGGGAAGAAACAUGCCCCACAUGAAGAGAAAGAAGCCGAUGACAGUGAUGAGGAUGGGAAGUUCACGGAGACCGUUGAUGUAGUCCUUGACAACAAAGGGUUUGGGGCGAGGAGGUAGACGGGACUUGACAGUGAGGCAAGAGAAGACAAGCAAAACGAGGAACAUGAAAGCCAUGGUACGCAUCAUCCAGGGGAAGCCGACGCUCUGGAUCAUCUUGUCCAUCAUGAUUGGAAGAACAACACCUCCGAGAGACGAGCCUGAGACCAUGAUACCGAAAGCGCCAGCUCUACGCUUGAAGAACCAGGUGACGAGUGAGGACAUGCAAGCGUUGAAGACAGCGCUUGAUCCAAUGGCUGCGACGAUGGACUGUGAGAGGAAGAACUGAUAGUAUUCUUUUGACAAAGAAAUCAUCAUGAGACCAAAGAUGUAGGCGAUCGACCCAAACCAGAGAAGGUACUUGGGGCCGUAGUUGUCGAACAGACUGCCAAACUAGCAAGGGGUAAGUUUAUUGCUUGAUACGAGGAGGAUGUGUACACAUACAAUGGCACCACAGAAGACCAUGAAGAACACCUCAACAGAGGUGAUCCAGCUCACGGCAGAGCUAUCAUAGUCCCUAAGCGGUCCAGAAACAUAGUAUUUCUGGAACACACCCACGCAGUUCACAAGGCCGAAUGUGCAGAACAGAGCACACCAUCCACCAAAGACAACAAGCCAAGCCUCGAAACCACCAUCUGGGAAAUCAGCUGGUGCCAUUCCUGGUGGAGGACCUGCUGGUGGUUGCUCCUGUUUCUUCUCAUCCUUGUCACCACGCUCGAGAUCUGCCACGACGGCGUUGGCAGGUUCUGGAUGUAUGUUGGCUUCUGUUUUGGCCGUAGGUUGAGGACCUGACUUUUCUGGGUCUGUUGAAGUGGUUGGUUGGAGGUUUCUGUCAUUGACCGUCUCAGAGGAGGAGGAUAUUGUCGAACGAGCCAUGAUUAUGGUUGUGUAGGUGUAAUCUGAGAUGCAGGUGCUAAGAAAGGAAAUAAUUAUUAUUAUGUUGCGUGUUACUCAAGCUGCCACUGGGCCAUGAUAUGUCAGUGCUAACAAGUGC